AAAGAAAUUGGUUAAAUACAAAGAAAGUCCAUUUUCUUGAUCUAUUCAAACUACAACGGCGCCGUUGCUCUUCUUUAUAUUUAUGUCUACACAAAAAGAAAACAAGUACCUUAAUCACAAAGCAAUAAAGGAGCAUUAAUAACUCAGAAAUUAAGAAAAGCUCCGGCCAACUUCCCGGUAAUACUCCGCCGCCGUGCAUCUCGGACUUUAGUUCAAUUGGGUUACUGAAUUUAACGAAAUGGGUCAAGAAUCUUUCAUAUACAGUUUUGUAGCUCGUGGUACUAUGGUACUAGCUGAAUACACAGAGUUCACCGGAAAUUUCCCGGCGAUUGCAGCUCAGUGUUUGCAGAAAUUGCCCUCUUCAAACAAUAAGUUCACUUAUAAUUGUGAUCAUCAUACUUUUAACUUCCUUGUUCAAGAUGGUUAUGCUUAUUGUGUAGUUUCCAAAGAAUCUGUGGGGAAGCAGAUUUCAAUUGCAUUUUUGGAACGUGUGAGAGCUGAUUUUAAUAAAAGAUAUGGUGGUGGUAAAGCAGAUACUGCUGUGGCUAAAAGUCUUAAUAAAGAGUUCGGACCUAUCAUGAAAGAACACAUGCAGUAUAUAAUUGACCACGCUGACGAGAUUGAGAAACUACUAAAAGUUAAAGCCCAAGUGUCUGAAGUCAAAAGUAUUAUGUUGGAGAAUAUAGACAAGGCCAUUGAAAGAGGGGAAAACUUGACUAUACUAUCUGGCAAGACUGAGAACCUGCGUGAUUCGGCCCUUGAGUUCAAGACAAAGGGGACUCAAAUACGGCGGAAGAUGUGGUAUCAGAAUAUGAAAAUAAAGUUGGUUGUGUUUGGCAUCAUCCUGUUUUUGGUUCUUAUAAUCUGGCUUUCAAUUUGCCGUGGCUUCAAUUGCACAAACUAGCAUAUCAAUGCGAACAGUUGGGACUAAAUUCAUACAAAUGUAGACUAACAGGAUCCAAACAGGCACAUCUGUGGAGGAAUUUGCCAUGAAGAAAGUAAAGCAUCUAUAAGCCCUUU